AUGAUGUUGCUACUUGUCAUGAUUUUGAUGACAACUACAUUGCCUAUUGGAAUGACAUUCGGGUUUGAUGCAUCCACCACAACCACAACAGACAAUAAUCAUGUAUAUAGUACAAAUAACAAGUUAUUGCCAUUUCCUCAAACUUUUUCUUCAUCACUGAAACAAAUGGAAGAAAUGAAAGAACGAAUCGCUCAAAUUCAAAGAGAAGAACAUAUCAGAUAUUUAAUUGCUAAAUAUCCAAAGAGUCAAUCAUCAAAUGGAGAGUACUCAAAUUUACUACUACCCUCUGAAAAUACACUCAACUCUUGGAUCAAUGUUUUUUCAUUAUUUGGUGAUUCUUUACAAAAUUUCAAGAAACCUCUCAUUUAUCAAUUAUUAGAAAAUUAUAAUAUUCAUGAAGAAGAUUUAGAAAAUCCAGGAACAUAUAAAUAUAAUCCAUCCAUUCCAAUAUCCGUUCAGAACAUGUUGGAUUUAUUUUUAUAUGGAAAGAUGAACAGUGAGAGAUGGAAUGAGCGAUCGUUGCAACAAACUCCAUUAGAGGAUUAUUCUCUUGAUACGAUGGAAUCAUCAUCAUUACAAUCACCACCAUCACCACCUUCACUUCAACAACAUUUUACAGAGAAACUAAGAAAUGAUUUACGCCAUGCAGGUGCUUCCGAUGAAACAAUUCAUACCAUCUUGGAACAAGUUCAUUCCGAAAUUUCAUCUCGUAAAAUUCAACUCUCCAAUUCUUCAGCUCCUGCCAAUAACUGUGAUAAGAGAUCUGUCUAUGUGGGUUAUGACUCGAUCACCUAUGUCUGUAAUGGCACAGUAGUAUCUAAACAAGUCUAUGAAAAUAUUACUUCCAAUAAUACCAACAAUAUCACUUGCUAUACCAACACUACUGCUGUCUAUGCAUGUAUUUGUCCAUUAGAUAAGGUUGGAAGUGAUUGUAAGAGUACACGAAAAUUUCAAUGUUCUGCUACCAUGCUCACACCCAUUUUGAACUGUACAAAAUCUACGAUUCAAUAUGGAGGGAUAUCCUUGGAUGGAGAUUUUCCAUGUUUGAUUGUCAACAGUACUGAUCUGCUAGCCUUUUCAUUCCGAAUGAAAUGUCAAUUUACAGAAAAACCUGACUUUUUAACCACCAAUUCAAAUUUGACAGAUUCUAUGAAUGUGACUAUUAUCAGUACCAAUCAAAAUACAACUAUUGGUGAAAUUAGAAAUAGUUUUAAAUACUUUUUCAAGAGUAGUAGUGUUAUUGGUAAUGAUACUGAUAAGAAUCCAUCAUUUGCUCUCUACACUCCAAUUUCUAAAAACUUUACCAUCAAAUUCUAUAAUUUCAAUCGAUUGAGUGAUUCGAGAGGAAUGGUGAACAAGAAACUCGAUCGAGGUGAAUAUUAUGUUGGAAAUGAAACGAUUUAUUUCCCAUUAUUUCAACCUUCAACAUUGCCUUCUGAAUUCUUUGCUGGUCAGAGAUUGUAUGGUGAAGUAGGAUAUUUACCAAAUGAAGUUGAUGGAUUGCAAGUCAUGAGCUUUAUCAAAAUAUUUAUUGAUUUUGAAGAUCGAAAAGUACCAGAAUAUGUGGACUAUACAAAUCUUAUUAUUGGAAUUGUUGUUCCAUUUGGAUCUAUUCUAGUGAUAUCUAUUUUGGUAACAAUUAUUGGAGUGUGUUAUUAUAAAAAGAUGAAAGAAAAGAGUUUCUUAAAGGCUGAAUGA